GGGUCGCGGCUAGGUUAGGCUCCCGGGGAGGAGGAGGAAGCGCCCGGAAACUCGGUCGACGGCGGUUCCCGUCCCCAGAGCGCUCCAGGGAGGGCGGGCGAGGGCCUGUUUUCCUUCAGUCAGGAUUCGCCCUGACGCCCAGCGAACCGAUGGCCCCGCCGCCAGGACCCGGUGACUCUGCCCUGGUUGAUGAUCGUUGUCCUCCAGAACAGGGAUGGAGGAAAUACCGGCCCAGGAAGUAGCAGGAUCAGCAAUUGUCCAGUUUCAGUCUUUGGGGAGCCAGUCUGAGGGUCUGUCCCCAGAGCCUCAGUUCGCGCAGGACACCGACAUGGAGCAGGAACUCAACGGGGCUCCACCUGUUCCCCAGGUGCCUGCUCUUCCCCAUGAGGGAAGCCCAGGAGACCAGGCAGCCACGCUCCUGCCAGCCAGGUACCAGGAGUUUGUGACAUUCGAGGAUGUGGCUGUGCACCUUACUCGAGAGGAAUGGGGAUGCCUGGACCCUGUUCAGAGGAAUCUCUACAGAGAAGUGAUGUUAGAGAAUUAUGGGAACGUGGUCUCAGUGGGAUUUCCAUUUCCCAAGCCUGAUGGGAUCUCCCAGCUGGAACAAGAUCUUCAGGUCUUUGAUCUGGAAACUAAGAAUAGAGAAGUCUUAAGAGAUGACUGCUCAGAUGGAGAGACCAGAGAAGAGAACAAGCUGUUGAUUCCUAAGCAGGAAAUUUUGGAAGAAGUACAUUCAUACAAAGUGAGAGUAGGAAGACUCAAAAAGGAUAUUGCCCAAGUUCCUGGGACUAGAGAAAUGUCUAAACCUGAGGACAGAUUAGAAAGGCUUCAGGAAAUCCUAAGGAAAUUUCUCUUCCUGGAGAGAGAGUUUAGGCAAAUAACAAUCAGCAAGAAAACCUUCACCAGUGAGAACAAUGAAUGUAAUGAACCUGAAAAAAGCUUCAGUCUGGACUCUACCCUUGAUACAGAUCAGAGAGUUCUUAGAAUACAGAAUAUUGAUGACAUUGAUAAGUAUGAUAUGGGAGUAAACCAGAAUUCAGCUGCUGGUAAACAUGAACAAAUAAAUCUAAUACAGGAUGUUCAGAGUAGUGAAUAUAAGGAAAGCUUAAUGGAUCUCUCCCACCUUAGUAAAUGUGAGAGCAUUUCUGCCACUGAGAAAUCCUAUAAAUGUGAUACAUGUGAGAAAGUCUUCCAUCAGAGCUCUGCCCUUUCUAGACAUCAGAGAAUUCAUACCAGAGAGAAACCCUACAAAUGUAAAGAAUGUGAAAAAUCUUUCAGUCAGAGUUCAAGUCUUAGUCGACAUAAAAGAAUACACACUAGAGAAAAGCCCUAUAAAUGUGAACCAUCUGAUAAAUCCUGUGAAGCAUCUGAUAAAUCCUGUAGUCAGAGCUCAGACAUAACUCCACAUAAGAGGAUUCACACUAGAGCAAAAUCUUAUAAGUGUAGUAAUUGUGAAAGGGUCUUCAGUCGUAGUAUACAUCUUACUCAACAUCAGAAAAUUCACAGAGAGAUGCCCUGUAAGUGUACUAUAUGUGGCAGUGACUUCUAUAAUACCUCAUACCUUGUUGAACAUCAGAAAGUCCACUGUGAAGAGAAAGCCUAUGAAUACAAUGAUUGUGUGUUGACCUUUGUUAAACAUCAAGGAAGUCAUCUCAGAGAAAAGCCCUAUACGUGUAAUGAAUGUGGAAAAGACUUCAGAUUGAGUUCCCAUCUUAUUCAGCAUCAAAGAAUUCACACAGGAGAGAAACCGCACAAAUGUAAUGAAUGUGGAAAAGCUUUCAGUCAAACUUCAUGCCUCAUUCAGCAUCACAAAAUUCAUGGGAAAGAGAAAUCCUAUGAGUGUAAUGAUUAUGAGGAAAGUUUCAAUCAUAGCUCAGAUCUUGUUCUUCAACAAGAAGUCCUCUCUAGAGAAAAGGCCUUUGAUUGUGAUGCAUGGGAAAAGAACCUCAGUCAGAGAGCACACCUUGUUCAGCAUCCAAGAAUUCAUACCAAAGAGAAACCUUAUGAAUGUGAUGAACGUGGGAAGACCUUCAGUCAAAUUCAGGCCUCCUUCAAUAUCUGAGAGUUCAUACCAGGGAGAAAUCAUAUAUGUGGUGAAGCCUUCAGUCACAGCUCAACCUUUAUUCAUCAGAGAAUCCACACCAGAGCGAAACUGUCUGAAUGUGAUGAAUGCAGGAAAACUUCAUCAACAUCUGCAAACCCAUACCAAUGAGAAAACCUACCAAUAUAUUGAAUGUGGUAAAUGCUUCAUGCUGUUUUCAUACCUUAGUCACCAUUGGAGAAUUCAUACUGGAAUAAAAUUCUGCCACUGUAAUGAAUGUGAAAUAGCCUUCAAAGAAACUACCUUGUUCAGCAUCAAAUUCAUUCCAUGCAGAAAGCCUAUGAAUGUAAUAAACAUAUGCACAUGGGAAAAUUCAGUCAUAUUCUACCCCUCAUUCAACAUCAUUCCAUACCCAGGAGAAGCUAUUCGAGUAUAGUAAAUACGACAAAUCUUUCAGUGAGAGUUCAAGUUUUUGUUUUUUUUUUUUAAUCCUUAGAAAGUCCAGACUAGAAUCUAAUCUAAUGCAAAUGGAAAAAUUUACCAUAUUUCAGGCUUUAACUCCACAUCAAAAUACUGGAGUGAAAAUUUUAUAUAAGAUUUUAAUAUAUAGCUCUGAUCUUUUUCAUUGCAGAAGAAUAUAGUCUGAGAAGUGACUUGGUGAAUGCAGUGCUGUUUCCUCAUGGCAUUCUUUUAUUUAAUAGGUGGUGUACGUAGAUAUAUAAACUUUAUUUAUGGAACUCAUUUAAGCUAUUUUUAAAAUAUGGCCUAUAAAUAAUUUUAUUUUUCCUCAAAUUGGUUCCUGUUAUAGCUUCUCUAAGAUAUUGUUAAUACACCAAUGUACAAACAUACUAACUUCUGGAAAGUAGCUCGUUUAGCUUUUUCUGCUGUCCUCAGCCCAAGAUUUUUUCAAAACAGACUCUUAGGUCUGCUGUUUCCUGAGCAUUCUACUUCCUAUUCCUUUCCAGCCACAACACUUGGAUUCCUGUUGAUUUCUCCAUUCUCUUAGCACCUUCAAAUGAUGGUUUUCUAGUGUUAAGCUUUUCACCAGCAGGUAUACCGUCCCUACUUGAUGUUGCUGUCUUUCCUAAAGUUGAAGCAUCUUCCUUUAAAAAGAAUUGGAUUUCCACGUCCUGUCCAUCCAAGAGUUUGAAGGAUUCUAUCUCCCAUGUAUUUGGGGCAGGCAGCUAAUAAAUACUUUCAAAUGACACCCACAUUCUUAGCUGCCUUGUCUGCAUCCACGGCCCUCUAAUAAGAGAUAAGAACAUCAGGGAGCCAACAACACGCCUGGUGGUCUAGCUGCAUUCAUUCAGCGCCUAAUCUGCAUGGUGAAGUUUAGAACUAUCUUACAUACUUCUGUUGAAGGCCAGCAAAAUGCUCAGGUCUGCUUUUGAUAGAGCAAAAUAUAAAGAACCUAUACAAAAAAGUCUGAGAACUUCAUAAGGGAAUGCAACUUUUCAAAAAAGAUAUUGCUGCUCUUAGGUAAUAUCUCUAGAGAGAGUAUUUCAAGAGAGUGUCAGGUCUGUUCCUGGUAAAAUUUUAAUUACUACGCUUGCUUCUUUAUCUGUUUGAAUUUUUGCCCCCCAGUCUCCCUCAUCAAUGCAAGACAGUAUUUGAAGUGUGGGAGCUUUGUGUAUAAUUGUUUAUUCAUCAUCACGUUUUCUGUAUUAUACCAGAGUCCACAGACCAUAUAAAAGAACUUGGGUUUUUUUUAUCACAGAUGUCGGGAUGUCCAGAGUUCAGGGUCACUGUUAACACUUCGCCAAGAAUUCAUGAUUCUUUGGGUGAUGUCAAAGCAUUUUAUUAUAUUUUGUUAUAUGUUUCCAUCUUAAGCUUCAUAACAUUUUGUGAAUUAGACAAGUGUUAUUUAACAUUCUUUUUGUCAUUCCAGCAAGUGAGGCCUUUGUGAUUCAGAUGUUACAAUAUUCACUAGAGAUCCUCAACAAAUAUAUAAAAAUCUAUUGCUUAUUCUAUUAGCCUCUUAUGGCUAACCUCUAGGAUAGUUCUACGACUAUAUUUUGCCGCUUAGCCAUCAGCAAGCAUAGGAUCUUAUCAGGGCAAAGUAGAGAACUAAAUGAAUUGAUUUAAAUGUAAAAGCAAAUGAAAAUGCAUGUUACUUUCCUUGUCUAUGAAUGUGUAUCCCUUUAUGUACAGAGACCAGUGGUCACUUCUGUUAAUUAUGAAACAGAUUAAUCCCUAAAUAGCAGAAUAUGUAAAAAAUCACAUGUAUGCAAUUGGUUUAGGAAUGUGCUUUUGUACUUCCACUUGAAUAAAGGUGUGUUUGAUACUCAGAAUCUGUUUCAAAAAUAUCUAAAAGCCUCAGCCAGAAGCAUUUAAAAAUCUUGGAGUCACCUUCCUGGCUGCAACUCACUUCCUUCCAGAAACCUGCUUCACAACAAGAGUGGAUCACUCUCCUUCAUACUGAUACAAAGCUUGCUCUUCCACAGACUUCUGGAACAAAGUCUGAAUGUUUAGGGUCUUAAAGGUUUUUCGAUUGGGAUGUUGUUGGCACAUAAAUAGAUUGAGGUUUCAGAGAGCUAGGCAGAAUAAGUAAAACGUUUAAAAAAUGAGAAACCAAAAUAAUCCUCAAGGAGAAUUAACUUGUCUCUUUAAGCUUGCAAUAUUUAAUCAGUCCAGUAUGAGUUUGUGUUCUUAUUCUUUUAAUCUUGAAGACGGGAAGGAAGAGACAAAAUCUAAUAGUUAAGGUACAUCUAAUUUUAUCUGUCUUCCAUCCGUCCACCUACCUACAUGUAUGUGUAUGUGCAUUCAUAUUCCAACUUAACUGUCACAACAACUCUGCAAGGGAACUAGCUCUGUAUUCCAGAGGAACUGAGGUAUAGAGAGGUUGAAGAACCUGCUAGGGUCAGUCAGCAAAUUAAUGGCUCAAAGGCCUGACUCCCAAGCUUCCCAUCAUCAUGAUGUUGGUAUUAGACAUCCCAGAACCUGGAGAAGUUUUCUUUGGUAGCUUUUCAUUCCCUGUUACAUCCUCAGUGAUUGACUAUUAUCAUUUUGCAGUUGAUCCUGAAUGCUCCCAGAGCUGUCUGGGAUACUAGGAGACAGUACCUUUGGGGAGCUAGUCAGAGACCCUGCUCCCUGAAACAGGCUUAGAUAGUUUUGACAAUGACAGGCCACAGGUCAGAGCUCCCAAAUUCUUACCUCCUGUCAAGGUACCUCCACGCCCAUUACUAGAUUUAUAUUUACACUUCUCAGUGCCCAGAAUAUGCUUUUUAUCCUGCUAACUGGAAUUUGCUGAUUGAUGGACUUGUAUUCUUAGGUUUACUAUCACUUCUGGUUAAAUUAUAGCAGUGGAGUAAAGUGGGUAAUGGGAAAAUCAAGUUUGAUUCCUAGGUUUUUGGCUUGAGCAAAAGAGUGAAUAGAGGUAGACUAGACAGAUGGAGACCACUGGAAGACGAAGGAGCAAGGGGAGGAUUUCAGGCAAAAGAGAGCAUGUUGGAAGGGUUUCAGAUGAAGGAGUAUGGCAUCUUUGAGGUAAUUACUCUAUCUGGAGUAAUGUCUCACCCUAGGAAGUGGGAUGUAGGCAACUGAGGAAAUUUAAGAAUGAAGUUCCAAAGAGGCCCCUGAGGUAUCAUAACUGCAAAGCACAAUGGGAUUCCCACAUCUGAAAAUGUAAUCUCAACGAUUCUUUUCAUUCAUUCAGUAAUACUAUUGCCAGGUGCUAGGAUAUUCAGUAGUAGUAGCCUGUGGGUACAGUUAACAUACAGGAAUCAAACCAUUAAGCAAUGAAGACUAAAGCAGAUUAGUUACCAAAGCAAUGGCUUUGGAAUUAGACUUACCUAUGUACUUUGCUGUUUACUAGCUGUGUGACUUUGGAAAUUUUACUUAGCCUCUCUAGUUUCCUCGUCUGUACAAUGGUUAACAGUAGCAUGAAAAUUAAAUAAGAUAAUGUAAAAGGUACUGGUCAUAUAUUAAGUGCCAAAAAAAUUACUAUAAACACCAAUAUAAAAACCAGUGAACAUAUAAGUGUUUGGCAUAAAAUCGAAAAAAGGGAACUAAGGAGCAAGCAGUUAGCAGUGCAGGACUAGCAUUGUCCAGGGGAGUACCCUGGAUUUGGAGAGCUUAAAUAUGAACUUGAGAGACCAUCAGGAAUCCUAGACUGGUAGGAAUUGCCUCCCCUUAGGCACUCCUUACUGGAGUCAUCAAACUGUGACAUCUGUCCCUUUUUGCUAACAUUUGUAUCCUAAUGGUAUCACAUUUUACACUCCCUUCAAAAAUUCAAGUGCAUGGAGGAAUGAGUGUUUAAUCCCAGACUGGAAGGAUGAUUUCAAGCAGAUGGUGCACUGUACAAGUCAAAGAAAUACUGGAAUUUUUCAUUUUGCUGAUGGAUCUCAUUCACUCUUCACUUUUAGAAAAUGGUUAACCUCUUAUAUUUGUAUUCCAUCCAUGUUUAUAAAUUUACAACUUGGGCAUAA